AUGCGUGGAGGCAGCGGCAGCAACACUAGCAGUAGCGGAAAGUCAGGUAGCUACAGCCGCCUGGAAGGCCCCGACGGCGAGAGGAGGCAACAAGGGGACAGGCGGGACCGGGAAUAUGACGGGGAGCGGAGCCACCGUGGCGGCGGCAAGGACGAGCGGCGGGAAAAGGCUGAGUGGGCGCGGCGCGGCGACUUGUACAGGGACCGUGGCAAUAUGGACGAGCGCCGCGGGGGCCGUGACCGUCACGAUGCUAGGCGCGAUGGCGGACAGCGCGGGGACCGUGGCGGUCGCAACCGUGAUGACGGCCGGAGCCGGGAGGAAGGCGGCCGCCGGGAGGGUCGUACGGCAGGACGUGACGCCGCCGCCGCCGGUGACGUCACUGCAGCGGCGGAUGCAACGUCAGCCCCCGUCGCCCCCGUCGCACGGCCGCCGGGCUCGUCCACCGGCAACCGGCCCUUGCCGUACGACCUGCCUCUUGUACGACCGGACGACGGCGACAAAGGCACAUUCUUCGCCGGCAGCAGCUGGCGGCAUGUGGGCGCUAUGGAGGAAGUGGUUUCGGCGCUGAAAACCCUGGGUAUCUCCCGACCCUCUCACAUCCAGGCGCUGGCGUUCUCCGCCCUCUGCGGCACCGGCUCCGGAACCAAGCGAGCCCCGGCCCCGCCUAGCGCCCCGAUCGUCCUAGCCGACCAAGCGGGCAGUGGCAAGACGUUGGCUUACCUUGCGCCCUUGAUGCAGAUACUGCGGCAGGAGGAGUUGGCUGCGGGCACCCGGGUCACCCGGCCCGGAUGCCCUCGGGGCAUUGUCGUGGCCCCCACAGUGGAGCUCGUACAACAGGUUCUCCGUGUGGCCCGGGCGCUCAGCAGCGCCGGGUUACGCUGCCGUACAGCUGCCUUCACGGGGGGUCAGAAGGAUGAGAAGGCGCGGGCGGUCAGCUUCCGUACUCAGAAGGGGGUACUGGGGGAGGGAGUGGACCUGUUGGUGGCCACGCCGGGGAGGCUGCAGAAGCACCUGCAGGGGGGCACCCUGGAGCUGACUGACUGCCGUAUGCUGGUGCUGGACGAGGUGGAUGUACUGAUGGGCGACCGGGCCGACUUCAGCGCCCAGAUCGUCCCCCUGCACGCCGCCGCCCCGCCCUCCCUGCGCUUCGUGCUGGUCACCGCCACACUGCCACAGCACGUGUUUGCCGAGCUGAAGGAUGUCUGGCCCCGGGGGGAGGGCGAGGGCGGGAUCAGGACGGUGUUUGGACCCGGACUACAUCGUACGGCAGCAGGUCUUGUGGAGGAGCUUGUGGAUUGCAGCGGGGGGGAUGAGGUGACGGAGGAGAGCGGCAGGAAGAGGAAGCUGGAGGCGCUCAAGACGCUGCUGGAGCGGCACCGGGCCCCCCGCACCCUGGUCUUCUGCAACAAAAUCGACGCGUGUCGCGAUGUGGAGAACUUCCUGUUGCGGACUGACCCACAGCAGCAGAAAUACAAGGUAUUGCCGUACCACGAGGCCAUCCGCGACGAUCUGCGGGCCGAGGCGAUGGCGGAGUUCCUCAGGCCUGUACGGCGCCGACAGCAACCCCAGCCGCCACAGCCACCCCAGCUGCCGCAGCAGGGCGGGGCGGCCCGGGGCGAGAUGUCUCACGAGCCCCGGGAGCGGCCGGAGGGGGGGGAGGGGGGCGACCAGGGGGGCCCAGCCCUGGUGCUGGUGGCUACGGACCGCACCUCCCGAGGCAUUGACGUACUGGACUGUGAGCACGUCAUACUGUUCGACUUCCCCCGCGACCCCUCGGAGUAUGUACGGCGGGUGGGUCGUACGGCACGUGGCGCUGGCGGUCGCGGCACUGUGAGCAGUUUGGUUCUUGGUCGUCAGGUGCCGCUGGCUCGGGAGAUCAUCGAGCGCAAUCAGAAGGGUAUGCCGCUGCACUCGCUGCCUGAGUGA